AUGAACUCCUACCUCUUGAACCGAUCGGCCGGCGUCAUCAGCCCUCGAGAAUUUGCCCGCUUCGAGACUGAGCGCCGGCUGCACGCUCUGCAAUAUUCCAGCGUCCGCUUCGACGGUCGUAUACGGCAGCAACCAGUAAAUGGCAGCGGCACUAGCGAUGAUGUGCAGCAGGGCGCACAGGAAGAGGCCCUAGCGCAUCCAGCAGGAGUAAACGCCCUCACCAUCGACAAGUUCGAAGGCCGAUACCUCCUCUCCGGCGGCGCCGACCACGCCAUCUCCCUCUGGGACCUCGAAGCCGCCCUCCCCACCGUCCCACCAACCCACCACCCCCUCUCCACCGCCUCCCGCAACCAGCCCCCCUACCACAAGUUCGGGAUAACAGACCUCCACUUCUACCCCUUCGACUCGCUAGCCUUCACAUCCAGCUCCUACGACCACACUCUGAAGCUAUGGUCCUCAGACCCCCUGCGCCCCUCCGCCUCGUUUCCCUUGGGCUCAAUCAUCUACGCCCACGCCCUGUCACCAAUCGCAUCCCACCUCCUCGUCGCAUGCGCGACACAGCACCCAGCAGUCCGCCUCAUUGAUCUCCGCUCGGGCGCCGCGACGCACAGCCUCACGGGCCACGUCGGCGGCGCCGUCCUCAGCGUCGACUGGAGUCCCAUCCACGAGCACAUCCUCGCAUCCGCCGGGGCGGAUGGAACCGUCCGGUUCUGGGACGUGCGGCGCAGCGCGGGAUGUCUCGGGGUGCUGGACAUGGACGACUCUGUCGGGCACGGCGGGUUCCUAGGCGGCGGUGCGCGGUCGCACACGGGGCGCGGGAAAGCGCACGCGGGAGCCGCGAACGGCGUCGUGUGGACGCAGGAUGGGAGGUUUGUUGUUAGUACCGGCCACGACGAGAAGAUCAGGGUGUGGGAUAUUGAGACGGGCGCGAAUACGCUCGCGAGCUUUGGACCGCUGGUCAGGAACGCGCAGUUGAGUGCGCUGGUGCCGUGUCUUGCGCCCCCAGGGCUGGUGCGGCCGGGUCGGGAGGUGCUGUUCUUCCCGAGCCAGGCGGAGGUUCUGGCGUUUGAGCUGUUCGAAGGCAGGUUGUUGAAGCGGCUGCGGACGCCGGGGGUGGUGUUUAACAAUGCGAAGGCGGGCGCGGAGAAGAGGGGCGUGAAGAGCAAGGUGACGGGGCUGGCGUGGAGGGUUCACGAGGUGGAGCUUUAUUCGGCGCAUGGGGAUGGGAGUAUUAGGUGUUGGGCGCCGCGGACGACGGAGGAUGUAGAGGCGGAUGCUGAAGAGAGGGAAGAGGUGGGGAAUGCGGAGGAGAGUAGGAAGAGGAAGCGGCAGGUGCUUGAUGAUCUGUAUCGGGAUUUGACUAGGCGAAGAGUCGCUGAUAUAUGA